UUGCAGAAAAGCACAAGAGAAAAUGCCAGUCUUCCGCUCUGCCCUCGCGCGCUCGGUCUUCGAGCAGAUAGUGCGCCCACUGCCGCCGAAGCCCAACGAGUUCUUUCUACCGGGCCGCACCUCCUUUGUGUUUGACAUGGAUGAUGAGUUCCGCAACGAGAUCCCACGACCGUUCACCGCAGCAAGGCUGACUGCCCGCCUCCCCAGGACUUGGUAUCUGCGUCUUUGGAUGCCCCUGUGUUGGACAGAGUCACCCACAUCAUAUCAUACUUGCGACUGGGUUCAAAUGCCAAGGCUCACAAGAAGAAGAAAAAGGACAAGGACAGCAAUAGGGUCCUGGUGCAUGGUAUUCUUCCGCCCAAGCCCUCUCAGCCAUCGGCCGACCAACCUGUUGCUGCUGGUUCGGCCCAAGGCUUGGCGCCGACCGAAGCUGUGGCUGGGAAUGGUGGUGCUGGUGGUGUUGGGAAAGGCGGCACGGCAAACGGGACUGGCAGCAGCAGCAGUGGACGGAGAAGCAGAAAGGAGGCAGCAGCUAAGGCAGAGGCAGCGAAAGCAGCAGCAGCAGCAGCAGCAGCAGCACGUAACGACAAGGAGGAGGACGAGGAUGAGGAUAUUUUUGCGGAUGUGGGAAGAGAUUACACGGUUACGACGAAGCCUACUGCACCUGCGGUUGACGUGGUCCCAGGGGCAGAAGGAGCAGCAGCAGCGACAGAAGCUGCUGUUGCUGCAAGUGGUUCCCGCCCUGCUUACUUCGACGUACCCAGCGGUAUCGCAGAAGCGGUUGCACAUGCUGCUGCUGCCGCCUCCGCUGCUGCUGCCGCUGCUGCGGGUGGUGGUGGUUCUGCUCCUGCAGUCCCCCCUCCUCCUUCGCUGCUUCCUCCUCCACCCCCCCUUCCUGCUGCUGAUGACGCAGACAUGGACAUGGAUGAUGAGGAUGAUGGUGGAGGUGUCUUGCCGCCUCCUCCCGCUCCGCCACUCCCACAUGGCACGGUUGGGCCUGCCUACCCUCCCACUGAUGGCUCCUGGGAAGACUACCCGCCGCCUCCCCCUCUUCCUCCUCCCGGUGCCCCCCCCUCCCACACUCUCUGGCCCACCUCUCUCCCCCCCCCUCCGGCCUCCCAACCCUCCACAUAUCCCUAUCACCAACAGUACCCCCCUCCUCCCCCUCCUCCUCACUAUCCCGGCCUGGUUCCACUUCCCCCUCCCCCUCCUUCUCUGCAACACUACCCGUAUGGGGGAGGGGAGGGAGGGUACCCACCCCCUCCUCCCCUUCCCUCGGGGGGUUACUCAGUCGCCCAUCCCCCUGUGCCUCCUGCUCCUGCUGCUCCCCCCUUUCCUCCUCCUCCUGACACCAUCCCUCUGGCAUCAACCGAAGUUGGUGCUACUGGCGCUUACCUGACAGAAGAGGAGAAAGGCAGGGGAUUGGCGUCAGUGUUUAAGAGAUUCACUCCCGAGGAAGAGGAGGCGAGGAGGAGGGAAGGGAGGGAGAAAGUGAGGGAGGGGAGGGAGAAGGUUAAGGAUCCAAAUGCACUGGGGGCGGGGGGGUACGAGGAAUGUUACCAGCGGGAAUAUGGGGCGAAUUUCGCCGGGGAGGUGGUGGAGAGUGACGAGGAAGAGGGGGAUGAGCUGGCGCGGAAAGUGGAAGAAGCAAGACAGUUGGCACAGGUGCAGGACAUGUUCACUGGUGAUAGUGAUGAUGACGAUGAGACCUGUGCCGAUGCAUCCAAGGACACGGACCGAGACAGAGAGACUGCGGACAAGGGGGCUGGCAGCAGUAGGCGGGCGGGCGGGAGGGAGGGGGAGGGGAGGAAGGGGAAGAAGAAGGAGAAGGACCGGCAGCAGAAGCUAAACAACGAGCUGAAUCAGAUCAACAAGAUCAUUGAGAGGAAAAAGAGGGAGGCGGCAGGGGAGGUGGUGGGAGAUGAUGAUGCGGAUGGGGAGUAUGGGGAUGAGGAUGGGGGGCCUUACAAGAAGUCCCGGUAUUAGCUAUCAUCAUGAGAGCAAUAGCGUCAGAGGGUCUAGUGUCUCUAAGUCACCGUGGCUGGCUGGGUGGCAGGUGGUCUGCAUUGAAGAGGAGUAGGUGAAGAAAUGAGCUGAACCAGGAGCUGAGCAUUGAGCUGAACCAAAUCAACAAGAUUAUUGAAAGGAAGACAAGGGAGGCGGCAGGGGAGGCGGGGUAUGGGGAGGAGGACAGUGGGCCUUAUAAGAAGUCCCGUUAUUGGCCAGACUACCCUAUGUGACAGCAUGUAGAAGGUUGAGCAGCAUGGAGUGGUGUGGGUCCAAGUCUCACCAGCAACAGGUGGUUUGCAGAGGGAGGACGAGAGGAGCAAGGGGAGGAGGAAGGAGAAGGACCGGCAGGAAAAGCUGAGGGGAGUAUGGGGAGGAUGGCGAUGGGCCUUAUAAAGAGCAUUGUUACAAGUCUAGAAUCUAGAUGGUUCCGUGACGGAACUUCCAUGAUCCAUGGAAGCAGAUGGAGCAUCCACUGCAUGGGUUUUUGGCAGCAACCACCCUAUGAUUAUUACUGCUAUAACGGCAUUGCUCUGGUAAAGGAGGAUACUGGCACAGUGCAGAGUGGCACGGUCUCCUGUGUUGGUUCAAUCCAAAGCUUGCAAAUUCUCUACCCUAAUAAGUCUCUGGAUGAAGA